CACUUGCUUUUCUAGCACCAAGUUUGAAAUGUCCGCUAUACCGCAUACUCUCCGAGUCGUUCCAAGGAUUUCUAUAAAGCCGGGAAGUAAAGUUCUCCCACCACCGCUCACGAACCAGAAUGAGCGUGCAUUCAAAGAGCCUCUGCUCCGGAUUAUGGCUCGCAGGCAACAAGAAGCGGGUGAUAUAUGGCCACCAAAUUUGCGCAUAGAGCCGCAUGUCACGAAGACAGCUAUUGGAAAAGCGCCGAAGGAGAUGCGUGUUCAGCUGAAGAGAUUGUUGAAGGAACGAUGAACACGGCAUGGAUGUAUCAUUAUGCGCAUACCUUUUCCGGCAUGUCAAACAUGUUCAACGUUAUGAUUGGCUACUGUAACUUCAAAAUAUAUAAUCGUAGUGCUGCUGACGCGCCAAUCCCUGACUCCGCCGGGUCUAAUUUUCCUCUUUGCGAUUUCUUGUUAUUGUUCAACACUCGUUUGCGCUCAAUUUCUAAUAUGACAAGACCUGCAACAUCUGUCCC